UAAGCAAGUCAGCUACUGGUAGCUGUAUGACCUUGCAGGCAAGAGUGGGUAUAGCUGUAAUCAUCUCUGUCAUAGUAGUUGUUUCUCAUUUCAUUCUGUAUUGUGUGGUGUUGUCACCCCAAACAAUAAUCUUUCAUGCAAGUAAAUUUCUGUGAGACAGAGAGCGAUAUGACUAUUUUGGUAGGGGCAAAAUAUUUUUAGAUGAGCUUGUACUGGACUCCGUUUUAGUUAUUGACAUGUUGAUGUGAAAUUUCUUUUAAGUAUUAUAGUAAUCCAACAGAAAAUAAUAGAAUUUUGUUGUUUUUAGGAAGUUAUGUAGUCAUAAUCUUAAACUUCAGUUUUUCUGAUAGUACUUACUAACUUUAAAAAACCAGCUGCGCUGUUCAGAGAAUGAUCCUAAGUGUUGUACAGAAGAGGAAGAAAAACUAUUUGUGCUCUUCCAACUGUGACUUUUAUCACAUAGCUUGGAAUUUAGUAUUUUAAAAGAGCGAAUGAGUCGAGUGUGUAUUGUUGUUUUGGAGGAGGUAGAAGAUGAAUCUCCUGCAUUCAUUUCUAAAUUGCCACAGGAAAAUAAAUCCCUACAUUCACCACCACCUUCUGGAAGUGUAUUGCCAUCACUUGUGCAAGCUAUAUUUAAUGGAGACCCUGAUGAAGUUCGAGCACUAAUAUUUAAGAAAGAAGAUGUUAACUUUCAGGACAAUGAGAAGAGAACUCCACUGCAUGCUGCUGCCUAUCUUGGAGAUGCAGAAAUCAUCGAACUGCUUAUUUUAUCUGGAGCUAGAGUUAAUGCCAAAGACAGCAAAUGGUUGACACCUUUACACAGAGCAGUUGCAUCUUGUAGUGAGGAAGCAGUGCAGGUACUUUUGAAGCAUUCUGCAGAUGUUAAUGCUCGAGACAAAAAUUGGCAAACCCCUUUACACAUCGCUGCUGCUAAUAAAGCUGUAAAGUGUGCUGAAGCUUUGGUACCUCUCCUGAGUAAUGUAAACGUGUCUGAUCGAGCGGGGAGGACUGCACUGCAUCAUGCAGCUUUUAGUGGACAUGGUGAGAUGGUCAAACUACUCUUGUCUAGAGGUGCCAAUAUUAAUGCUUUUGACAAGAAAGAUAGACGGGCAAUUCAUUGGGCAGCAUAUAUGGGUCACAUUGAAGUAGUGAAAUUACUUGUGGCGCAUGGAGCUGAAGUGACAUGCAAGGAUAAGAAGUCGUACACACCUCUUCAUGCAGCAGCCUCUAGUGGAAUGAUCAGCGUAGUCAAGUACCUUCUGGAUCUUGGAGUUGAUAUGAAUGAACCAAAUGCCUAUGGAAAUACACCUCUUCAUGUAGCCUGCUAUAAUGGACAAGAUGUUGUAGUGAAUGAACUUAUAGACUGCGGUGCUAAUGUAAAUCAAAAGAAUGAAAAAGGAUUUACUCCUUUGCACUUUGCUGCUGCAUCAACACAUGGAGCACUAUGUUUAGAGCUUCUAGUUGGCAAUGGAGCUGAUGUCAAUAUGAAGAGCAAGGAUGGGAAAACCCCACUGCACAUGACUGCCCUCCACGGUAGAUUCUCCAGAUCACAGACUAUUAUCCAGAGUGGAGCUGUAAUCGACUGUGAGGAUAAGAAUGGAAACACCCCUUUGCACAUAGCAGCAAGGUACGGCCAUGAGCUGCUAAUCAACACUCUUAUUACAAGUGGUGCUGACACUGCAAAGCGUGGCAUACAUGGAAUGUUCCCUCUCCAUUUGGCAGCCUUAAGUGGUUUUUCAGAUUGCUGCAGGAAACUUCUUUCUUCUGGAUUUGACAUAGAUACCCCAGAUGAUUUUGGCAGGACCUGUCUACAUGCAGCUGCAGCUGGAGGGAAUUUGGAGUGCCUAAACCUUCUGCUGAAUACCGGUGCAGACUUCAACAAAAAGGACAAAUUUGGGAGAUCUCCACUUCACUAUGCUGCUGCCAACUGCAAUUACCAGUGCCUGUUUGCUCUUGUGGGAUCAGGAGCAAGUGUGAAUGACCUUGAUGAAAGAGGAUGCACACCCUUGCACUAUGCAGCUACAUCAGACACAGAUGGCAAGUGCCUGGAAUACUUAUUAAGAAAUGAUGCAAAUCCAGGGAUCCGUGACAAGCAAGGAUACAAUGCAGUUCAUUAUUCAGCUGCUUAUGGUCACCGCCUGUGUCUUCAGCUGAUUGCAAGUGAAACUCCUUUAGAUGUUUUAAUGGAAACCUCGGGGACAGACAUGCUAAGCGAUUCAGACAAUAGAGCAACAAUAAGCCCUUUACAUUUGGCGGCCUAUCAUGGUCACCAUCAAGCACUGGAAGUGUUGGUACAGUCUUUGUUAGAUCUUGACGUGAGAAAUAGUAGCGGAAGAACACCCUUAGAUCUUGCAGCAUUUAAGGGUCAUGUUGAAUGUGUGGAUGUACUCAUUAAUCAGGGAGCCUCAAUUUUAGUUAAAGAUUACAUUCUGAAGAGAACACCUAUACAUGCGGCAGCAACAAAUGGUCAUUCAGAGUGCUUGCGGCUGCUAAUAGGAAAUGCAGAACCACAGAAUGCAGUAGACAUUCAAGAUGGAAAUGGACAGACUCCUCUGAUGCUGUCUGUUCUCAACGGGCACACAGACUGUGUUUACUCACUGCUGAACAAAGGAGCAAAUGUAGAUGCCAAAGAUAAAUGGGGAAGGACAGCGUUGCAUAGAGGGGCAGUUACAGGCCAUGAAGAAUGUGUAGAUGCGUUACUUCAACAUGGUGCUAAGUGCUUAUUUCGAGAUAACAGGGGCAGGACACCUAUUCACUUAUCAGCUGCCUGUGGACACAUUGGUGUUCUUGGAGCCCUUUUGCAGUCAGCAGCAUCUGUGGAUGCAAAUCCAGCCAUAACAGACAAUCAUGGAUAUACAGCACUUCAUUGGGCUUGCUACAACGGUCAUGAGACAUGUGUAGAACUCCUUUUAGAACAGGAAGUUUUCCAGAAAACAGAGGGAAAUGCUUUCAGUCCUUUGCAUUGUGCCGUGAUAAAUGACAACGAAGGUGCUGCUGAAAUGUUAAUUGACACAUUAGGUGCCAGCAUCGUGAGCGCCACAGAUUCAAAAGGAAGAACCCCUCUCCACGCGGCCGCCUUCACAGACCACGUAGAGUGUUUACAGCUGCUGCUCAGCCAUAAUGCUCAAGUCAAUUCUGUGGACUCUUCUGGGAAAACACCUCUCAUGAUGGCCGCAGAAAAUGGACAGACAAAUACAGUUGAGAUGCUGGUUAGCAGUGCUAGUGCAGAUCUGACUUUACAAGAUAACAGUAAAAACACCGCCCUCCAUUUGGCUUGCGGCAAGGGUCAUGAAACUAGUGCCUUGUUAAUACUGGAAAAGAUAACAGAUAGAAACCUCAUCAAUGCAACCAAUGCAGCUUUGCAAACACCUCUGCAUGUUGCUGCCCGAAAUGGGCUAACAAUGGUGGUUCAGGAACUUUUGGGGAAAGGAGCAAGUGUGCUUGCAGUGGAUGAAAAUGGCUAUACCCCAGCUUUGGCCUGUGCUCCCAAUAAGGACGUGGCUGACUGCCUAGCUCUCAUUUUGGCCACCAUGAUGCCUGUUUCAUCAAGUAGCCCUUUAUCAUCUCUGACAUUCAAUGCCAUUAACCGUUAUACCAACACCUCAAAAACAGUCAGCUUUGAAGCCUUGCCCAUUAUGAGGAAUGAACCCAGCUCCUAUUGCAGUUUCAACAACAUUGGCGGGGAACAGGAGUACUUAUACACCGACGCGGACGAGCUCAAUGACUCAGAUUCCGAGACCUACUAAGAGGCUGAGCCACAGGUCUAAGUGAGGAGUUCUGACACUAACGCUUCAGAUUGUGCUUUUACAUGAAAAAGGCACCCUCUUACUCACAUACAAAUUCAACCUAAGAGGAGAGAUCACAGAGUGAGCAAGUAUGAGAAAUGUGAUGACAUUAGGAAGAAGAGUUUUAAAGGCAAGUUUUGCAAAAGGAACUUUUAGAAUCUUGACAUAGACUUGACCAGAGGAAAACACUUUGAUGUCAAGUUACUUUGUGGAAUUGUUUAAUUUGGUUUUGCAGUGCCAGGAAUAAUUUGGGACACUGUGCACCCUAAUCUGCUUACACAAGCAGCACUAUUGUAAAAGAAGAGAUAGGACACUAGAUUAAAAUUUUACCAAUAAAACUACAACUAAAUAAGGGCAAUAAAAGUUUGGUAUAGUAGGCAUUAUGUGCACAGCAAAUUGCCAAAGGACCAAGUAACUUAAAAGUUUUUUAAUAGAAUGCCAUUUUAUGGAAACUGGAAUAGGUGAAAUGAGACAUUAUCUAAACCAAACUUUAAUAUUUCUGAAAAUGAAACAGAUUUGGUUUUAAACGUUGAUUUUUUUUUUUAAAGAAAACAUCUGAAAGCCUUCGAAUACUGUAUUAAAACCAUGAGAGAAAGCAGAUGUAUUUUUACAUUUUUCUUUUACAUAAAAAUUUAAAAAUUCCAACUUUUAUAAUAUUAGAAUUAAAAACCAGCUGACUGAGUGCAGUCAGGGUGAAAAUAUUUGUGAUGUUGACCUGAGGUAGAUUGGGGUCGGGCUGUUGUUGCCCAGUUUUAAAUGGUUUAGGUUUAAAAUUGAGCUAUUUUUGUUUGAAAAUGUAAAGAAUUUCUUAGAAGAAGAAAAUUUCAUGAAAUCAAAAAAGUAGAUUAUUUUCACCCUAUCACAGCUGUGUGGUCCUGGGAAAUGGAGUUUUCAGCCUUGCUACUUUGGAUGGUACACCUUCGUCACUUAUGUUACUUUUGUGCCUCCACAGUGGAUUGGGGGAUUUUUGUUUUCACUGUCUGGUGAAUAAUCAAAAGAAAAUCCCUUGUUAUUGAUAAGUUAACAUCAUCGGGUCUCUUGGAAGGCAUUUCUGUAUCGGGUCCUAUUCAGAUUAAAACAUGCGAGUACUUGGGGAAGGAAGCAGGUACCUGCUGAAUUGGAAGACUGCCUUUCAAAUAACAGAGAGAAAGGCUGAUGUUUAGGUUUUUAAAUAACAAUUUAUAUGGUUCUGCUUUUACUGUAACUGUCACUUUCCCAAUAAGAAUGAUUUCACGUAUGUAGGGGGUCUUACAGAUCUGGGUGAAGUUCCAUAAAUUUUCAGAGAAUGAUACCCAAUAUCAUUUUAUCUUUUUUGUAUUGUGCAACUGGAAACUUUAUGACAUUGUAAAUUAUCAGCUGGUUUUUCUGAAUAUAAAGUGUGAAAACACAGAACAGUAUUUUGAUCUAUUUGAUAAUUUUGUGGGGUUUUUGAAGAAUUAAUGAGCAUGUACAUAGAAAUAGUGACUGCUUGAAUACUGUAUUUACUUGCACUCUUUCAGUACAUCAAGAUUCCUGUAUAUUUUAGAGUAUAAUAAAACACAGAUGUGAGUUGUAUUUAAUGAAUAAUGUAUUUGUAUCUGUGCAAAUUACUUAAAAAUCUAUAAAGUUUCUAGGGCAUUGAUUACUAGAUUUUAAGCAUUUUUUCUAAAAUAUUUACAGAAAUUAUAAAUGUAAUCCUCCAUCUUUUCUUUAUAAUAUAAAGUCAUAAUGGACCCUUCCUAAUUAUUAGUGAAAGGAAGGUAAAUAUGCAUUUUAAAGACAGUGGACUACAUUUUCUAUUGUACCUUUUGAAAAAAAUGAAAAAAAACCUCAAGAGGAUUCUAAAAGUAUACAUAUGUGUGCUUUCUCUUUCCUUUUAGGAAUUCUCUUCUGAAUUCCCUGAGGGAAUUUUCUAGAAUCUCAGAAUUGAAAGAGACCUGAGGUUCAUCCAGUCUAACCUCUUAACAAAUGCAGGAGACCCUUCUACAAGGGUGAUCUUUCCACCUUGAACACUUCCAGUGACUCUACCUCACCAAGCAGUCCAUUCAGUUGUUGAGCAGCUCUAACUGUUAGAAAGGUCUUCCUUAGAUGGAGUUGAAGCCUCCCUCCCGGUAACUUCUGUCCUUGGGCCCGGGUCUGUCCUCCAAGAGAACGCUGAGAACGUUGGAAGGAUGAAUCUUACGCCCUCUGCCAUGUCUUCUCUUUUACAGGCUAUUUGACUUACCUGCUGAAGUGAUUUCCAGAAGGACUCAUUAAAAACACUGUUAGAUUUACCCAUCUAAUGAAAUCCAAGGUGUAGCUAUAAAGUAACAAGCUGUUUUUAAUUUAUCCUCACACACACCAGAACUUAGAUCUUGCAUCACUUUAUGUAAAUGAUGCUACUGCUGAAAUUAUUUGUGAGGUGGUUUUUUUCAAUUGCUUGCCCGCUAGGAAAUCUGUUUCCUUGCUUUGUGAUCGCAUUUUGUGAUAGUCUGUCCCCAACUGAUCAGCCACUUCUUUGGUUUGCACCUAAUGAGGGGAAAUCGCAAACUACUGGUCCAAAUAGUAUUUGAGCAGCACUAGUGUGGUUGGAGUACGCACAUGGACAGCUUCAUUGAAUGAACACAGGGCCACAGUAAGUUCCUUUACAGUUACACCUUGUAUGUUAAAAGCAUUCAGACCCUGCUCUGUAGUGGUUUUUAUCAUACAGAAUAGAAGAGCCUGUUUGCUUUUUUAACUUCUGCAUGAAAGAUGACAUCUGAAAUACCUGAUGUGUAUUAUAGUAAUACCAGCUUCUGCUCUAGAACUACUUUGGGGGAAAUGGUGGUAAUAGCAAAUGACUUCCUUUAACAAGACACUCAACUCAACAGUGCCAUUUAGUUCAGAAGAUCUCUAAGUGUAGCUGUCAACUUGGGGUUUAAUUUGGCUUAUAUUGGACCUUUUAAAUGAAAUAAAGUUUUUUAAUGCAAUAAA